UUGUUUGACAUUUCGACCGAGAUAAUAACAUAACCUGAAAUCAAAUACAAAACAAGAAAUUGAAUUUGUUAAUUAAUUUUCUUGCUAUUUUCAUAUUAUAUUAGUUUUUAUACAUUAAUUAUGCUAAAAGGGUGGUCUAAGUUUUUCCAGAAAGACAUAUGUUCGUGCCUUGGGAACAUUUUCCUGGUUUGUGUUUGUGUGAUUCUUUUGUAGGUUUUUAUUACUUCUUACCAAGUAAAAUUAGGGAAACUGUCUUCCAGUACUUUCUGACGAGUUACGUUUUCAUUACGAAGACAUAAACCAGAUCACGCAAUAUUGUUAAUGUUCAUAGUAGACUGUCCUGGAUAGUAAACUGUAAAACCUGUAACCAUGGCGGUGUACGCUGCCCACUUGACGAGGACGCUGCAAGGAGCCCCGUCGGUGUUCCAAGUGGUGGCGCAGGAGGCGCUCGGGGCUACGGUGAAGCCCGCUUUUGGGAAACUUGUAGAGUAUUUGGCAACAGUGUACCCGGACCGGCUGGGCUGGUGCGAGCGCUGGUACGAUGAGCUCUUCCUGCUGUUCGAGGGCUUCCUACAAUACCACUACCUCAAGCAUUAUGCCGCAUCAUUUUCUGAGAGCUUCUACGGCCUAGUGAGAGCCCCGGUAUCUCCUAGUGGAGAAUUCCACUCCGGGUCUCGCUUGCCCCGCAGCGCAGAACUUGGGUCUCUGGCGCUGUUAGUGCUACUGCCGUAUCUGAGGGACAGGCUUGAAAGAGCCGUGACACGCUGGAGAGACGAACAUGAAGAUGGUAUACUAGGGAAGGGUCACAUAGCCACAGCGAAGCGCGCAGCCAUCCACGUAUACUCCACCAUCCACCUAGUGACCUCGCUCGCCAAACUGAUCCAACUGGCAGCGUACCUUCGUGGCGCACCUAGCCCUACUCCAUCUCUGGCAGCCCUAGGGUUGACCUUGAGAGACGCUCCUCCUCAAGCACAAGAUGAUACGUGGGGGGAUUUGGUCAGGAGUCUAGUUUCGGGACAGUUUGGGAGUGCGGCAGUGUCGUUCCCCAUGCUAGGCAGCCUGGCGCUCCGCUGCGUUGAGUACGGCGCCUUCGCCGUGCAGUUCCUGCGCUGGUGGGAGACCCGGGCUCCGGCCACCGACACCGCCGCCUGCCCGCAGCCCCCGCAGCGGGACCCUGCCAUGGAGCGGUGGAGGAACAAGUGCCCCAUAUGCUUGCAGCACUGGAAGACGCCCACGGCACUCCCCGUCUCCGGAUUGAUAUUCUGCUACAGCUGCAUCUCGCGCCACCUGCGCGCGCACCGCGCCUGCCCCGCCACGCGCCUGCCCGCGCAGGAGGCCGACCUUGUCAGGAUGUACAUCGACUAA